AUGAGGAGGGAGAAUCAGAGCCAUGUGUUUGAGUUCCUCCUCCUGGGGCUUCCCAUCCAGACAGAGCAGCAGGGUGUGUUCUUUGCUCUGUUCCUGGGCAUGUACCUGACCACAGUGCUGGGGAACCUGCUCAUCAUCCUGCUCAUCAGGCUGGACCCUCGCCUCCACACUCCCAUGUACUUCUUCCUCAGCCACCUGGCCCUCACGGAUGUCUCCUUAUCAUCAGUCACUGUCCCUAAGAUGCUGAUGAACAUGCAGACUCAGGAUCAAUCCAUUACCUAUGCAGGGUGUGUAACACAGACCUAUUUUUUCAUAUUUUUUGCUUGCAUUGAUAACCUUCUUCUUGCAGUGAUGGCCUAUGACAGGUAUGUGGCUAUUUGUCACCCUCUACACUACACCAUCAUCAUGAGGGAAGAACUGUGUCUAUGUCUGUUGGUUGGAUCCUGGCUCCUCUCCUGUGCUGAUGCCCUGACCCAUACCCUCCUAAUGGCUCAACUGUCAUUCUGUUCUGAAAACAUCAUCCCCCACUUCUUCUGUGACCCUGCUGCCCUGCUUAAGCUCUCCUGUUCAGACAUGUCUCUCAACGAUGUGUUAGCAUUCACUUCAGUAUCUGUGGUUCUCCUUAUUCCACUGAGUGGCAUCCUGGUCUCUUAUGGAUGCAUAGGGCACUCCAUCCUGAGGGUCCCCUCUACUAAAGGGAUCUGCAAAGCCUUGUCCACCUGUGGCUCCCACCUCUCUGUGGUGUCUCUAUUCUAUGGGACAAUGAUGGCGGUGUACUUUUCCUCCUCAUCAGGCCAGUCCCAUGACACAGACAUCAUUGCUUCUGUGAUGUACACAGUGGUCACCCCCAUGCUGAAUCCUUUUAUUUACACCCUGAGGAACAGAGACAUGACAUUGGCUCUGGGGAGUCAGAGCCAAUAA